AUGGCGAAAAAGAAGGACGGUCCGCCGAUGCCGCCGAACAGACCCCCGACGGCGCGCGUUGCGGCAAUGCAAAAGAACGCUGCGGACAAGAAGGCUGCGGAGGAUGCAAAGGCGGCGGCGGCAGCUGCAGGGGCAGGGGCUGCAAGAGGUGGGCGAGGAGGGGCGCGAGGAGGGGCCCCGGGACGUGGUGGUGGACUUGGUGGUGGACGAGGAGGAGCUGUGGCUCCAGCUGCGGGAGUAAUAGGAGGAAAGGUUACGAAGGGAGCAGGGAGAGGUCACAAGGGCAAAGCAGCAGUCCCAAGCUUGUCCUUGUCUGCGCCUUUAAACCCACCACCACCACCACCACCACCUCCUCCUCCUCCUCCUCCUUCAACACCUCCUCCUCCUCCACCACCACCUCCUCCUCCCUCAACACCUCCUCCACCACCUCCUCCACCACCUCCUCCUCCUAUACCUGUAUAUUCGUCCUCCAGCUCAUCGUCGGGCGGAUUCCCCCCUUCCACGACGGCCGCGUCAAAUGAUAGAAAAUCUGCAAUUCUCGAUCGAGCGAUACGAGGUCUACCAAAACAACCGAAACCAAGUCUUCGACUCAAUACAUCAUUGCCAGGACGUCUCCCAGCCGAUCGUAUACCGCGGAGUCCAUCGCCGAUAUUGGAUCCAAAAAACCCCAUUGUUCCCAAUCCUGAUAGGGUGCGGCAAGCUCGACUGCGAGCAGCAGCCGUCAAGAAAAGGCGCAGGAUUAUAGAGCGAUGGCGCCGAAAGAUGAAGUAUCCUAGGAAGUUUCUGGACCCAUGGCAUGGACUGGCUGCCCCUACAGCGACAGUCAAACCGUUCUUGCAGAUCAAAGCAGAGAUGGGACCUACUGUGCCUGGUUUCGAGGGACUUCCGGGGAAUGUGGAAUACUACCGUAUGCCCUCAGGAUUCGAGUCAGGAAGCGCGAUAUCGUCUGAGCAUAUGGGAGGGGAGGAGAAAAUCGUGAAGCCGUUGAUCCGAAGUAAGAGGGAUGAUCUCUACAUGAGAGACCCUGACUGUGUCGACUGGCUUGCACGAUGGGACUGCUAUCUGGGGAACGCUUCGCCAUCGGAUUACGCUUCGCCAACCGCGUCCCCAAAUGUCUCUGAUACCGGGAAAGGGCCAAAGCAGGAGGACAAGGAUCUUUGCGACCAACUCCUUACUGAUAAACUUGAUUCACCGACAGGAACAUUGUUCGAUGAUGCCAGCUGGAAUGCCGUCAAACUCGCAGUGAAACACAAAGCCGAAUCCGGAAUCAUCAAUCUUGUGGGCGAUCUGAUAGUCCCAAAUGCCGAGUUUGCAAGAUUCCGUGAGCCAGAGGUAACGGUUACGCACCUCAAGGACGCUGUAUGCCAGUAUUGGGAUUGGGCACUUCCAUUUGACGAAAACUCAGAGCGGCUGCCGCAUCGAUAUGCCAUCAAUCUGCCAGCCAUGGGCUACAAACCGCCCAUACCACAGCCGGACUACACCGUGGGAUUCGACCUCAACGCUUUCGGUCUUGCGGGGAGAGACAAGAUGGAUGACGCUAUGACGUUCCUGAGGACGCCAUUUCCAUACGACCCCGCCGCAGGAUGUCAAAUGAGUGGGCACUCUCUCACCUCUGUCUUGCCCAGGCUCGUGUUUCCCUUCCUGACCGCCGAGUCAAAGCGAGCUCCUUCCCAGCGAAGCAAGGCAACUCUCGAGAUAGCAGAACGCCAAAAUGCACACAGCAUGGCGGUGGCGAUGCGAAAUGUCAUCGCAAUAUGUAAACGCUCCGAUCCCAACCGAGUCAAAGAGCUGCACCGCCAAAUCCUCGGGUUUUCGAUCUCAUAUAACCACAAGUCGGUGAAGAUCCAUGCUCAUUACCCGAGGAUCAAAUUCGACCCCAACGACAAUGAGAUCAUGAAGAUAACUUACCACAGUUGGGUCGUUAAAGAGGAAUUCCAGUGGACAAAGGACGAGGACAAGUGGACCGCCUAUAAAUUUGUCAUGAACGUCUACAAAACCUGGGUGCCGAAGCACAAGGCCCGACUGAGGGAGAUGGUCAAGGGCUUGAAGACUUGGGAGGACAUCUAUGACAACCUGGUUGACGAGACGCUAACCAAUAUGCAAGGGUACAGUUCCAGCACCCCAGCUGUGCAAGAUCCCAAUGUGCCAGAUGUCGACUUCAAGCUCUUGAAACGACUCAGAAAGGACCAUCGCCGUGCCCUGCGACAAGCCGGCCGGUCUCGCACUCCAGCUGGCAGUGAUGUGCCGAGUGUGGGGGAUAAGAUGCAGUUGAUCGAGGUCCGAAAGGGACAGCGUCGUCACAAUACUUGGAAAGAAGUAGCCCCCCUCACGGCCGUCAAGGUCGAGGCCCUGGUUGUUAUGAAAAUCAUCAAGCACUGCUCCCAGGCUUUCCCGACGACUGCGACCGGUUCGAUCGUCGGCAUGGACGUGGACGGCGUUCUCGAAAUCACAAACACCUUCCCUUUCCCCGUCGUCGAAGUCCCCCCGGAAUCGCACUUUGACAAUGCCGCCCCCAACCCUGCCGCCGCUGCUCCCCGUGCGAAGGCCAACACAGUUUACCAGGCUGAGAUGAUCCGCAUGCUCCGGGAAGUCAACGUUGACGCCAACAACGUCGGUUGGUACACAAGCGCCAACAUGGGCAACUUUGUCAACAUGAACGUUAUCGAGAACCAGUUUUUCUACCAGAAGGAAAUGAACGAGAGGACAGUUGCGCUUGUUCACGACCCCAGCCGCAGCUCUCAGGGAAGCCUGAGCUUGAGGGCGUUCCGUCUGUCGCCCAAGUUCAUGGCUGCUUUCAAGGACAACAAGUUCACUUCUGACGAAUUGCAAAAGUCCAACCUGAAGUACCAGGACAUCUUGGUCGAACUCCCCGUCGAAAUCCACAACUCCCACCUGAUCACCUCCUUCCUCCACCAGCUUCAGAACCAGGCCCAGACAGCCCCUACUGACAUCCCCGCAUCUCUCGCCACCCUGGAGUCCUCUCCCUUCGCCAAGCAGCCCGUCCUGGCGCCCAACUUUGACAACCUCUCCCUCAGCAUCGACCCCUUCCUCGAGAAGAACUGCGACCUCCUUCUGGACAGCAUCGAGACCCACCACACUGAGACGAGCAACUUCCAGUACUACCAGCGCUCGCUCGCCCGAGAGCAGGCCAAGAUUACAGCCUGGCAGACCAAGCGCAAGGCCGAGAACGCCACCCGCGCAACGCUCAAGCAGCCCCCUCUCCCAGAGGACGAGUGGCAACGGCUGUUCAAGCUGCCCCAGGAGCCCAGCCGCCUCGACAGCAUGCUCAAUAGCCGCCAGGUGGAGCAGUACGCGCGCCAGAUCGACAGCUUUGUCUCGUCCACGACCGGUAAGAUGUUCGCGGUCAAGGGCAAUCUGCUGCCCGGCGAGAUUGCCAAAUGA